ACUAAUAACUAUACAAUAUGCGUAACGUAGAAAUCAAAGCUAAAGUGCACAACCUUGAACAGAUAUGUAAAAUAGCUGAAGAAUUAAGCGGUGGUCCGCCUAAAGUUAUAAAACAAGAUGAUACCUUCUAUAACGUUCCCAACGGUCGUUUGAAGCUACGAAUAUACGGAAAUUCAUCAGCUACAUUAGUGCGAUACGAUAGAAACGAUGAAGGCGGGCCAAAACUUUGUGAUUACGACUUAUUACAAUUUACUGAAUCCGAAAGUGAGAAAUCUAAGAAAUUAGAUAAAAUGUUGAAGCAAUGUUUAGGAGAACGAGGUCGUGUAGUUAAGGAACGAAAACUGUACAUGGUCGGUCAAACCCGCAUUCACAUAGAUACAGUUGAAAACCUAGGACACUUUAUGGAAUUAGAAGUGGUACUUCAUCCAGAACAGUCUGUGGAAGACGGUCAGGUCAUCGCUCGAGAUCUACAAUCUAAGCUAGGUGUUAAAGAUGAAGAUUUGAUAGAUUGUGCUUAUAUGGACUUGAUUGAAAGUGCUUAAAUGGCUGAAUAAUAUAAAAGAAAUUCUGUGUUUUUGUUGUUUUAGAUAAGAAUUUAAUUUUAAGCCUGUGAUAAAUAGAUAUUUGAAUUCAAUUCAUGCUAAAAAACAUGUUUUUGUAAUAACUUGUGAAUAAAGUUUGUGUACAUUUGA